AUGGAUACUAUUAUCAACAGGUUUGUCAAUUUUUGGAGGAUAAAAAGGGGACUUUUUUGAAAAUUGAAUGGAACUUUCAAGAAUCACCAUUCUGAUGGAAAGAUUUUUUCAAAACAGAAAUUGAGUUUUCAAAAAUGAAAAAGAUUCCAAUUUUUCUUAAGUUUGGGUGUUUGUUUAUCUGAAAAUUAUUUUUUUUCAAAAAAUAAAAUUAAAAAAAAGAUUUGAAAAUUUUUAUGAUAUUUUGGAUAGUUUUUGAACAAGAGCAUUUUCGAAUCUUUGAGCUUAGAAAAUCCUAAAUUUCAAAAUAAAAUUCAAAUUUAAAAAACAACUGAUGUUUCAAAUUAUAAAUUUUCAAAAGUUCUUUAAAAACUCGGGAUUUUCUGUGAUUCCCAACAACUUUUUGAGCCUAAAUUUCAGAAUUCUUCCUUUUUUCUUAAAUUUUUCAAAAGUUUUCUUCAUACUCAUAGGUUUACCCCUAUUUAUUUAUGAAAGAAAAAACCCGAAUCACUUGAAAGGAUUAUCAGAUUUGUAUAUAUUAUUUACCUUUUUUCUUUAUGACAAGUGGUCCUCUAAAGGUCAUGAAUCUUAUAAAUACAGUACUCUCUUUCAUUUUAUCCUCCAUCAAAUUCUAAAUUUUGCAGAUGCUCAUCGCUGGUUAUGCAGAAAAUCACAUUAGCCUUAUUUUUGUUAUUAUUUUGUGUAUUAAUAUUACCUGAUUCAUGUAAUGCUGGAAUUGAAUUCGAAACAACAACAAUUUCAAGUUUGGCAUCUCCAUUACGUCGAACUUAUACAAAUGAAUGGGCUGUUCAAAUAUCAGGCGGAAAAGAAGCAGCAGAUCGAUUAGCUGAAAAACACGGGUAUAUUAAUCUUGGUUCAAUUAUUUCGGGUGGCGAUUAUUAUUUAUUUCGUGAUGGAAGAAGGCAUUCGAGAUCAAAUCGAAAAACGAGAAGUUUGGCGGCAAAUCAAUUACAACAUGAAACAGAAGUUGAAUGGAUGGAACAACAAAUUGCAAAAAGAAGAGUGAAAAGAGGAUUUCGAAGACUUCGACAUACUGAAGAUAAUCAGAUUAUUGAAGAAGAUGAAGAUGCACAAAUUAGUAAAUCAAGAACUAAUCGAAAACAACCUGAUCCAAAUGAUCCACUUUGGACUGAUAUGUGGUAUUUGGUAAGUGAAAAUAUACUCUGAGAACUCGUAAGAGUGAGGCUUCCAGAUUCAAAUUUAGGAACCCCGUGAUAUUUUUUGCAAAAAAUAAUUUUGAAAAAUUUCAUGUUAUUCGAAUUUCCGAUUUAAUUUUCAAAGAGAAUCCAAUUUUGCAAAAAAAAAAUUGUCGAGCUCUUCAAAAACAAUUUUUGUUUUUUUACCAGAAAAUUUUUAGAAUUUUCACUUUGCAAAAGACUCCUAGGCUUUCAAAAAUUAAUUUUGAAAAGUAAAUGAGAAAAGUUGUUGGAUUACUGUAGAUGAUUAACCUUCAAUCAAAAAUUACAAAUUCCUAAUUUCAGAAUCGUGGAGAAUAUUCGGAUACAAAUGCUCGAAUGGAUCAUAAUGUAAAAGAAGCAUGGGAUCUUGGUUAUACUGGAAAAGGUGUUGUUGUAACAAUUCUUGAUGAUGGUUUAGAAAGAACACAUCCAGAUAUAUCACCAAAUUAUGAUGAAAGAGCAUCUUAUGAUGUAAAUGAUCGAGAUUCCGAUCCAAUGCCAAGAUAUGAAUAUUCGGAUGAAAAUCGACAUGGAACAAGAUGUGCCGGAGAAGUUGCUGCAAUUUUUAAUAAUUCACUUUGUAUUGUUGGAAUUGCAUAUAAUGCUAAAAUUGGAGGAAUUCGAAUGUUAGAUGGAGAUGUAACAGAUGCUGUUGAAGCUGCUUCAGUUGGACAUAAUCAUGAUUAUAUUGAUAUUUAUAGUGCUAGUUGGGGACCAGAUGAUGACGGAAGAACUGUUGAUGGACCAGCAAAAUUAACAAGAAAUGCAUUUGAAAAAGGUAUAAAUGAUGGAAGAAAAGGAAAAGGUAGUAUAUUUGUAUGGGCAUCUGGAAAUGGUGGAAAAGAUUCGGAUUCAUGUAAUUGUGAUGGUUAUACUAAUUCAAUUUAUACACUUUCGAUUUCAUCGGCAACUGAAAAUGGAAAUAUUCCAUGGUAUUCGGAAGCUUGUAGUAGCACAUUAGCAACAACAUAUUCAAGUGGAGCGACUGGCGAAAAAAUGAUUGUUACAACUGAUUUACAUCAUUCUUGUACAAAUAUGCAUACUGGAACAUCUGCAAGUGCACCAUUGGCUGCUGGAAUUGUUGCAUUGGCAUUAGAAGCUAAUCCUGAAUUAACUUGGAGAGAUUUACAGGUGAGAAUGACUAAUCAAAGUAGUUUAAGAUAUUUUUUCGACAUUUUUGGAAAUCUGAAAAUUAGAUUAUGCAAAUAGAUUGAGAUGAUUUGCUUUUAAAAAAUUCUUUAAAUAAUUUCUGGAAUUUUCCGAUUUUCUGAUACAUUUUUUCAAGUUUCAGUUUUUCAGAGAAACCUUUCCCCGAUUAUUUUUCUAAAUUAAAAAAAACCGUUUUGAAAAUAAAAUUUAAGAGAGCUCCAGAUCUUGGAAUACAUUUUCCCGAAGUUUAAAUAUCUUCCGAUCUUCCGGUUCAGAACAAGUUACAAAAAAUAUCCCAAUUUUUUGUAGCACAUUGUAAUCCGAACAGCAAAACCAAUUCAUCUUCGAGCAAGUGAUUGGACAACAAAUGGAGUUGGACGAAAUGUUUCUCAUUCAUUUGGUUAUGGAUUAAUGGAUGCUGGUGCAAUGGUGAAAUUGGCAAAACAAUGGAAAAGAGUCGAUGAACAACAUAAAUGUCGACAAUUCUAUCCAGCCAGGUAUAAGUGAGUUAGAUUAUAGUUUUUUUUUUAAAUUUUGAAUAAUAGCUUUCUUCUGGGGCUGAAUUCAUAAAACUGGAGUACCAAACAUUUUUGGAUGAACUGAAUUCCUACAUUUUGUCAAUUAUUGUUCCAAAAUAAUAAAGUGAAUUUAGUUCCUGAUUCCCUUUUUUCUCCUCUUCUCAAUUCAAAAAAUUUAGUUUCAAAAUUCAAAUUCAUUUUUUCAUUUCAGAGUGAUUCCAAAUGGAAAUCGAUUACAACUUCAAUUAUAUAGUGAUGGCUGUUAUUCUUCGAGCGAUGAAUCAAAAGUAUUUUAUGUUGAACAUGUUCAAGCAAUUAUUACACUAAAAGCACCAAAAAGAGGCGAUCUUCAGAUCUAUUUAACUUCACCUUCAGGUUUGUUCGAGGGAUUUUAAUUUAAAAAAAAAAACUUGCAUGUGGCAACUUCGAUUUCUAAGAAUUUCAAAUUUUGAACUUUUUUCUCGAAAUUUCUUUUUUAAAAAUUAAUUUUACAGGAACAAAGUCAACACUUUUAACAAAACGAGCUCGUGAUUCAAGUCGAAGCGGAUUCAAUGAUUGGGCAUUUAUGACAACUCACAAUUGGGGAGAACAAGCAUCUGGAGUUUGGACAUUGGAAAUUGAUAAUGAUGGAUGGGAUGGUAAGAAUUUUCUUCUAGAUUUUAAAUAUCAAAUCGAGGGUUUUUUUCAGAUGCUGAAAUGGUAAAAUGGGAAUUGGUUUUAUAUGGAACAGAUCGAGAAACUGGUGAUUUCGGAGGUCAACAUACAUCUCCACUUGCAGUUCGAUCAGUUCCAUCAUCUGAACAUUCAACAUCUUUAUCAUUUUCAUAUUCCAAUUUUGUCUUUUUAUUAUUUUUACCGAUCUCAAUUACUUACAUGUUAGGUCAACUUUAA